UUCCUGAAGGAAACGCCUCGCUGGCUAAUCAAGAAAGGCAGGGGACGAGAAGCAGCCAAGGCAGCGAUUUAUAUCCGUAAAUGGGAUGGAAAAAUAGCGCCCGAACUGGAAAAACAAAUUGUCAUGGUCGUUCAGAAAGCCGCCGAUGACGAACUGGAAAAAAUGAAAACCAGCAAAAAGAACUAUUAUUUUUAUCACUUGUUUUCGGAUUGGAAACUGGGCUGGUACGCAGUGGUCUUCUCCACAAGCCUGUAUGUUUUUUUUUCGCUAUUUUCGGCGAGUUUUGUCAGUUAUGGCAUUGCAUACAACAUGGAAGCAUUGUCCGGUAACGUCUACGUAAACGUCAUAAUUCUUGGUGCUUCUCGGUGGAUCAUCAAUAUCGUUGUUGCUGCUUUGGAAUUCUCCGUGAAAAGUAUUGGUCGACGUCUGUUGCACCUCGUUUCCGUCGGACUUAUUGCUCUUUUGCUGGGAAUUCUUUUCAUCAUCUACAUAUUUACAUGGCCAAAAAUUGACACUUACAAAGUUGUUACGAAAGCUGGUGGUGAAGGAGAUGCAUUAGUCCACGCGAUUGUCGUGUUCACGCGUUACGCUUCACUUCUGGCUGCUGCAAUUUGCACCGAGUUGUUCAUCUUGGAUUCUGUACAACCGACGGAGCUCUUCCCGACACCAAUUCGAAGUGCUGGCAUUGCAUUCAUACAAAUAUUCAAUCGUCUGGGCACCAUUAUUAGCCCACUUGUUUUCAUUCCGAGUGAACAUUGGCCACCAGCACCGUUCCUGCUGAUGUUCGUGACAAGUGCUGCUGAUUUUCUUCUGUACUUUUUCUUUGUUCCGGAAACACGCGGGAAGAAACUUCCGGAUCAUAUGCCUGACGAAUUGGUCAACUUUUCCGAAGAUCUUGCGAGCAACGCGGUAGAAAAGGACGACGACACCACUGCCCCGUUAAAACGAGAAAUUGUAGAAACAGCUGAAGAAAGCAAGGAAAGUGAGCACGAAAGGGAACGAAACGAAACAGGAAAGGAUGACAGCAAGGGAAGUGAAAUGGAGGGAAAAGAAAACUAA